AUGUUGAGGAAAAGUGGUUACAGCAUAGUCUUGGCCAGACAAACCAGUCGAAGAUACCUCUCCUUGCAUGAGUAUCAAUCGCAGAACUUGCUUAAAACUGUCCACAUACCCGUACCCAGGGGUGAACUUGCUCGAUCGCCAGCCGAAGCUGAGUGUAUAGCCACCUCUCUCGGCGGGCCAUGCAUCCUCAAGUCACAAAUACAAAAGGGCGGUCGCGGAAAAGGAUUGUUCUCGAGUGGCCUCAGAGGUGGUAUACAGAAAGUAGAUGAUGCCGCCAGCGCCGGACAGAUGGCAUCCCAAAUGCUGGGCCACCGUCUAGUGACUAAACAAACAGGCGAGAAGGGACUGCAAGUGAACAAGAUAUACGUUGCGGAGACAAUCGAGUAUCAAGACGAAUGGUAUCUUGCCAUGACUAUUGAUCGGGAAAGGUACCAGCCUGCCAUUAUUUUGUCGAAGUCUGGCGGUGUGGAUAUCGAGAGCGUCGCUAAGUCAAAUCCUGAGAAGUUGUUGACCUUUAAUUUCGAGCUCACCAAAGGUAUUACACCAGAGCUUGUCUCCAGAAUUGCAUCAGCCCUCGAGACAACCGACCAGGAGACGCACAAUCUCGGAGACAUUCUCCAGAAGAUGCACAAGCUCUUCAUAUCCAAAGAAGCAACACUCCUCGAGAUAAACCCAUUAGUCCGCUCUUCCGACUCUACCUUCACCUGCCUCGACGCGAAGUUCAGCUUUGACAAUGCGGCUGAGAAGCGCCAGCCUGAAUUGUUCGCCCUCCGUGAUGUCGAACAAGAACAAGGUGACGAGGUUGAAGCGGAGAAGUACGGACUGGUCUACAUCAAGUUGGAAGGCAACAUUGGAAACGUAGUCAAUGGGGCUGGGCUAGCCAUGGCGACCAACGAUGCCAUUGCGCACUAUGGUGGUGCAAGCGCGAAUUUCUUGGAUGCAGGUGGACAGGCGACGACGGAGACAAUGAAGAAGGCUUUUGAGAUUAUCAUGAGAGACCGGAGGGUGCAGUGUAUCUUUGUGAACAUCUACGGAGGCAUCAUCAGAUGUGACAUGAUCGCGGAGAGUAUCAUUGGUGCUGCAGCUGAGCUGGGCCCUCUGCGCAUGCCCGUUGUUGUGCGAUUGCAAGGAACCAACUCGGCCGAGGGGCUUCAGAUGGUUGAAGAGGCCAACCUAGGCCUACGUACAGAAUCUGACUUCGGCAAGGCAGCCCAGCUAGCGGUGCAACUUUCAAAUACACAUGGCCGGAUUGGGACAGAACGCGAUCCUGAGGUGGCCAAUGCUGGUAGUUGA